GAUUCAUAUGGAUUAUACAGAGCAUAUACUGCAGAUUAUUGUCAGUUUCUCCAUGCUAUAUUUAGUAGCACCAGCAGACUGGCUAUCUUGUACUCUAGAGCACUAGAUUUCUGCAACAUGCUGGGUGUGCUUUAUACAGAGUCAUUUUCCCUGAACAGCGUGAUCGCUACAAGCAACCUAACAAUCAAUAUUGCCCUUUCUGUAUAGGAGAAACUAUUCUGCUCCUCCCAUCUGGGGAAGAAUCAUGUCUGAAAAGUGACCUGUACUCUUUGGCAGCUUGUCUUCUCUCCUCAGGGAGUUCUCUUCCUGGAUUGGUCUCAGUUUCAUAUUUCCUAACAGGAGAACAGCAGCAGGAUUAAGAAAAGAAUAUAUUUUUAAAGCAAAUGGUGACCAAAGAAUUUCAGAAAAAUUGAUGUAAAAGGAAUGGUGUAUGAAAGAGUUCAUUUAACUGCUCAGGGCAGACGGAAGGUGAGAAACAUUGUUCUUUAUCUAGAGACAUUAAAUUGCAAGGCACUCAAAUGGAAAAAGGCAAGAAUGAAAAACUGGCUUAGACUGUAAAGCUUUUUAAAGAGUACACAAUAUAUGUUAUUCAUCAACCUGUACAUCACUACUACUAAGACAUGAACAGUACAGUACUGCGAAACAGAAGAAGAAUUCUUCUCUAAAAUGUUCUUAUUUUCCUAACUUUCAAAGUGUGGAGCAGAACAGACCCCCCGAUGGUAGUGGACAUUCAGCUGGAUGUAAAAUUGACUGAAACUUGUCUUCCAGACACUGACUUGCCAAAGGACACAAGUGAUAGAUACUGGCCACUAUCCAUAGUUCCGCAUAGGUAGUUCUGUUUUGUCUCUAAAAGGAAAGUUUGCUAUUUGGAUUUACUUAAAGAAGGACUCUGGUGUUUUAUCUGUGGAGUGAUUGGAGCGGAAUGAUGACCAGGAGAGGAUGUGUACCAGCGGUCAAAUCAUUGGAAGUCUCCUGGUUCUAUCCCUGCUGGAGAUAGGAGUUGGUAUCUCAAGUGUGGUUUUGGGGUCAGUCAGUUAUAGCAGGAUCAAAGACGAACAUAAAUCUCAACUUGGAGACUCUUCUCCGGUAUGGAGCGGGGUGUGUUUCCUGCUGUGCGGUACAUGUGGGGUGCUAUGUGCCAGAAAGAAAUCUGGACUUUUAAUGAUAUUAUUUUCAGCCUUCUGCAUCUGUGGCCUGAUUGGAGGAAUAUUAAACUUUCAAUUUCUAAAGGCACUGGCCAAAAAACAUUCACCUUCCUAUUCUUUACAACUGGCUUCCAUGACUCUUGCCUGUUUGGGAAUCGGUGGUUGUACUCUCUCUUCAUGGCUUACUUGUCGACUUGCUAGCUUUGAGCAGCGCAGGAUGUUCUUAGAACGGGAGCACUCCCUCCAUCACUCUCAUGAAAUGGCAGAGAAGGAAAUUCCUGACAGUAUGAGCAAUGGAAUGCCACAGACUACAUGCAAUGGGAGAACAACAUGACAGACCUUAAAAAAGCACUAUCAAACCGUUAUCCCAACAGUCUGGAGGAAAUGAAUGAUCUAUUACAAAGAAGAAAACGGCGAAAUAUAUUAAAUGGAUGGAUGUGUCAGAUCUGUGGAUCUGAGUAUCAAUGCCUUGAGAAACACUCAUGUCUUUAAUUCAGACUUGAACUGUGUUUUAAAUAUUUGCAAUUUUCCUAGAAAGUAAGCCAAAGUAUAAGCCACACUGGUCACACCUCGCCUCAUAUGGUAUGAUGCUUUGUAUUGAGUCUGCAUUGCUGCAUACUGAGCAGUUUCCAUUAAUUACUAAUGAAUAUUACACAAGAGGAUAUCUACAAUAAAACUGAAAUUUUACUACAUGAGCCUGUUUUUGAAAAGCAUGAUAAAUGCAUUAAUAAAAGCUUGUUAUCAGACAUAAAGCCUACAAAAUGCAAGCUGGAAUGUUGAUUUACUUAAUAGCUAUGCCUUCUUUUUAUAAAAGUUUGAUUCACUGACGUUGAACUAUGUCAAAGUACUAAGCUUUUUAUCAUUGUAUACUUUCAAUAUCUCAACAGUUACACUUUUAAGUUACAUUCCCAUUGCUUUAUGAUCGAUUGAUUGACUGACUGAUUUAGCAAAUGCAUGUAACACAUUAUUUGAAGAGUAAGACUUAUGGGAUAGGGUACCUUGGAACAGCACACAGAAGUGAUUGAACAUAAACCUGUUUUUAUAUAAUGUAAAUUAUGGCACAUUUGUUUCACAAUAUGAAUGAAAUGGCAACAUGGAGACUUUUGUACGUGCUUAAAUACGGAUACUUACAGUCUUUAAUAAUCAGGCAAAACUGUAAGAAAUACAUAUGUUCAUUUUUAGAUGGUUCCCUUAUAUAAAGACUGACACUGUCAGUCUGAUGAGUCAGGCAACCCAUGAAACAAAUGUCUGCAAACAGUAGUAGAUGAAGAAACAGAAGGCUCAAUAAAAUGAAUUUAAACUGUGUCAUAUAGUACAGCAAGUUCACUAAAAAUGUACCUUUGUUUGAUGCAAAUGCUACUUGAGAACAAUGUGUGGCCAGUUUACUGCAAAGAUACGUACAAAUCUUUCUGAAGAUGUGUAUCUACUUAAGGCAGGUAUUUACUAAAGUCAGUAGUACAACCUGAAAAAAAAAAAUCUGCUGCACAGCAGUUAGCUUUUCUGAAUAUGCAAUAGAUUCACUCUGCAUUUUUUUACAAAUUCAGCUAAACUUCAAAUAUGUCUUGCUGCAGAAAAAGUGUAUAUAUUUAAAUUUGUGAAUGAAAUAUAUUUUGUAAUUUCUUCAUAAAAUAUCUCAAAUAAACUGCAAAGAAAUC